AUGCUGUCUUUCUCCCUCCUCUACCUCCUCUUCCUCGCCGUCGUAGAUCUCUCCACCUCCACGGCAGAAUACCUAAAACUCCCAUUACUCCACAAAACACCAUUUCCUACCCCACUCCAAUCCCUCUCUUCAGACAUCGACCGUCUUUCUCUUCUCCGCCACCGCCACCACCACAAACACCACCGCACCGCCCUCAAAUCCCCCUUAAUCUCCGGAGCUUCCUCCGGUUCUGGUCAAUACUUCGUGUCUCUCCGCCUCGGAUCCCCACCUCAAACCCUCCUCCUCGUUGCUGAUACCGGCAGCGACCUAACUUGGGUUACGUGCUCUGCUUGCAAAACUAACUGCUCCUCCCACCCACCCGGAUCCACAUUUCUUUCUCGCCACUCAUCCACAUUCUCCCCAACUCACUGUUUCAGCUCUCUGUGUCAACUCGUCCCUCAACCUGACCCAAAUCCCUGCAACCACACUCGCCUUCACAGCCCUUGUAGAUACGAGUACGUUUACGUUGAUGGGUCCAAAACUUCUGGGUUUUUCUCUAAAGACACCACCACCUUGAAUACAAGCUCCGGGGGAGCAAUGAAGCUCAAGAGCUUAGCAUUCGGGUGCGGGUUUCAUGUCUCCGGUCCGAGUGUUACCGGGUUGAGUUUUAAUGGGGCCCAUGGUGUGAUGGGCUUGGGCCGUGGCCCCAUUUCGUUUUCUUCUCAGUUAGGCCGCCGUUUUGGUCGCAGUUUCUCCUAUUGCCUUAGGGAUUACACUCUCUCUCCUCCUCCAACCAGCUAUCUCAUGAUCGGCGACGUCCGUUCCACAAAGAAGGAUAACAAAAGCAAACUAAGCUACACGCCGUUGUUAAUCAACCCUGUAGCCCCCACUUUUUACUACAUUGCCAUCAAGGCAGUGUUUGUUAAUAGAGUCAAAUUACCUAUUGACCCUUCUGUUUGGUCCAUCGAUGGGUUAGGUAACGGCGGGACAGUUAUCGACUCAGGAACGACAUUAACUUUCUUAACGGAGCCAGCUUACCUUGAGAUAUUAACGGCGUUUAAGCGUGAAGUAAAGUUACCGAGUCCAGCUCCAGGAGAUGAGUCAACUCACAGUGGUUUUGAUCUUUGUGUGAACGUGACGGGCGUGUCAAGACCGAGAUUGCCAAGACUGAGUUUGGAACUCGCUGGUGAAUCGGUGUUUUCGCCGCCGCCGAGGAAUUAUUUUAUAGAUGUAAGUGAGGGAAUCAAGUGCUUGGCGAUUCAACCCGCUGAGUCCGAGAGUGGUGGGUUUUCGGUUAUUGGGAAUCUGAUGCAACAAGGAUUUUUGUUGGAGUUUGAUAGGGGCAAAUCUCGGCUCGGUUUUUCACGUCGCGGUUGUGCUCUCUCGUGA